AUGAAGAUGCACUUCUGUAUCGUGUCCCAGCAGCGGCCCGAUGAGCUGGGGGGCCGCUACGUGCUGUACUCUGUGUACCUGGACGGGUUCCUCUUCUGCCGGGUGCGCUACAGCCAGCUGCAUCGUUGGAACGAACAGCUGAGGCGGAUCUUUGGAAAUUGCCUGCCGCCCUUUCCACCAAAGUACUAUCUCGCAAUGACUGCGUCGAUGGCUAAUGAGAGGAGGGACCAGUUGGAACAAUAUUUGCAAAAUCUAACCAUGGACCCAAACGUGUUGAGAAGUGAUGUCUUCGUUGAUUUUUUAAAACAGUUACAGCUGGAUCCCAUCCAGGAUACCUCGUUACAAAGCACGUUUAACAUCACCGCCAAGAGCACCUCUCUGGAUAUAUUUCUGCCUGAUGGAAAGAGCAUUAAAAUAGAAAUUGUAACAUCAGAUACUGCUGAAAGAGUCCUAGAGGUAGCGUCACACAAAAUUGUACUGUGUCGGGAGCUCUUGGGCUACUUCGGCCUUUUUCUUAUUCGGUUUCACAAGGACGGCAAGCUCUCUGUCGUGAAAAAAAUGGCAGACUUUGAACUCCCUUAUGUUAGUCUUCAAAGUUCUGAAGUGGAAAACUGUAAGGUUGGACUCAGAAAGUGGUAUAUGGAUCCAUCCCUUGACUCCAUGCUGAUGGACUGCAGAACGGCUGUAGAUUUGAUCUAUUUGCAGGCAAUACAGGACAUUGAAAAGGAAUGGGCCAAACCCACACAGGCGCAGAGGGAGAAAUUAACAGCUCUUCAGAAGGAAGACAAUCAGACAAAGUUUUUGGAGCUGUCUCGAGAGGUACAGCACUAUGGAUACUUGCAGCUGGAUCCCUGUACCUGUGAAUAUCCAGAACCAGGCUGUCUGGCUGUUGUUUCUGUCGGCAAUAAUGAAAUCAGCUGCCACAUAACCCUGCCUGAUGACCAGACCCAGGAUGUCAUUUUCCAGAUGAACAGGGUCAAGUGCUGGCAGGUCACUUUCCUUGGGACUCUACUGGAUAUGGAUGGGCCCCAGCAAACUCUCAACCAGAACUUAGAGCUCAGAUUUCAGUACAGUGAGGACAGUUGCUGGCAGUGGUUUGUUAUUUACACCAGACAGGCUUUUUUGCUGAGUAGCUGCUUGAAAAAGAUGAUCUCAGAAAAGAUGGUAAAGCUAGCUGCAGAGAAUCCAGAAAUGCAGAUUGAAGUUCCAGAACAAGGCAAAAGUAAAAGAAACCACAUUCAACAAAGUCAGUGGAAAAACUAUUCUAAUUUUCUACUAAGAAAAAGCAAGAUUUCCAUUAAGGUAGCUGAAGAUGACUGUAUCUUUGGGACCAUAAAGGAAGAAGAUCUUUGAAGAGAAAGUCUCACUUUUUAAAAUGUCCUCUAAGGCUAUCUCGAGACUGUUAAGGGCUUGGGGGUUGAAGGUGGGCUUCCUUACUUUCUACCAAUUGAAGAAAUUUGACUUCCUCCCAUGUUUCAGCCACUAAGAUUUUUUGGCACUAAAUUUUAUUUAUCAAGGCUCCUGCAACAUAGAUAAAGUUCUAUGUAGGAAAAGUUAUACAGUUUAUUUUUAAUGAAAUGGCAAAUCCAUAUCAAGUAAUAUGAAGCUCAUUCAAUUGUUUCCCUAAAAUAAAUGUUUACCUGGUUUCAUUCUGAUAUUACAUGAAUGAAAGACUCAUUAUGAAACAUAAAUGCAGUGAGUCUAGAAUGUUUACAUCUUAGAUGUACUCUAGCAUGGAGAUAAGGAAACUUAAUGACUGCUUAGUUUUAAAUACUGCAACUGUUAAUAAUUGUACUGUGAAGGCAUUUGGUGGCAUUAUAAUAGGACACAUUAGGUAGGACAUUUGUCCCGUAUAGUCUUGUGAGCCUGUUUAUUUGGGAUUAAGUUAUGUUCUAAAGACAUGACUCAUCAGUGGAGAAAAAUAGGGCUCCUUCUAAGAAAUGGAAUCAUUGAAAAAGAAAUCUGGACUUCACAGAUCCAUCCAAGAAUCACAGCA